UUUUUUUGACGGCUUUUUCGUUGUCUGUCCUUUGGCCAAAAAGGCCGACAAAGAGCACAUUGACGACGGAGCUGUGCGAUCGGGGACAUGCUUUAUAGGUUAGAGUUGGCAUGGGGAUCCAUGGCUGGCCGCAAGAGUCGAGGACAUGUUGGGAGGGCUGAGCGGAGGGUGCGUAGUGGUGGUGGCAAUGUUGCGCUGCUCCCUGUCCUGGUGCUCUUGCUCGUCGGGCUUGGAUACGUCGCGAGCGGCGACUGCGUCAUUGAGUACGUCGAGCCGAGCAGCAAUCUGAUGAGUGGCGCCAUCUCGAACCCAACGGGAAUGGUGGCAAGCAUGCUCGACGCCGGAACGGCUUAUCUGGACGUGGCUGUCAUCGACUUUACCAACAAUGGGGUGUAUGUCAUCACCAGGACCGGUGGCGGUGGAUGGAAUGCCCCUAGUCUCGUCGAUAACACUAAGGAGGAGCCGUUCCUCCUUGUGGCCGAGGACGCAGAUGGAGACGGGAGCCCGGACGUGAUUGUGCCAUACUCGGGCGACACCGACAGUGUAGUGAUCUAUUGGAACGUCGGGCACGACGCCACCUUUCCCAACGUGCCGACAGUUCUCGACACCAUGGCGGACACCGACCCGUACUCUGCAGCGAUUGGCGACAUCAACGCUGACGGCAUGAUCGACGUUGUCUACACAGCGUUCUGGGGAGACUUUGUGGGCGUUUUUCUCGGCACAGGCACCGGAACGUUUGCAGCGUCGAGCGAUGAUCUGACCUCCAGCCUAGGCGGCAUCUACAGCAUUGUGUCGCCGAGGCAAGUUGCGGUCCAUGACAUGGACGCUGAUGGCUUUGACGACAUCAUCUACGUUUGUUCAGACACCCACAUGGUGGUUAUUCUUCCCGGGCGGUCUGACAUCGACUCGGUGCUGGCGACGUCGGCCGCUGUCGUCGACUACCUCGCCGACGGCGUGUUCAACUUUGCCGUCGGCGACCUUGACCAGGACGGUGACCUGGACAUUGUGGCAUCCAUCACGGAGGACAGUGUCAUUCGGGUGUACUACAAUUUGGGAAGCAUGUUGUUUACCCAGCCGGCGACCAUCGGCGCCGCCCAUAUGCUUCCGUACACCAUUGCGCUCGGCGACGUCUCUGGCGACGGUUGGCUCGACAUUGUGUACGUGGCGUCAGGCUCGGAUCUCGUCGGCUGGAUUCCGGCCGAGGUCGGCGGCACGUUUGUGCUGCCGCCGCAAAAGAUGUCUGCGCUCACGGCGCCGCAUGGCGCUGUUGUCGGGGACUUUGACGGCGACGGGCAGGUUGAUGCCGGGGCGGUGAGUGAGUCGACCGGCGAGGUGGUGUACUACACCUUUUCGGCGAGCGCCUCGCCGCUGACUGCGACGCCGCGGAUUGUGACAGCCACCACCGAGGGGGCACAGGCCGUCGACGUGGUCGACUUUAACAACGACGGCUUUGUCGACACGCUCGUCGCGUCAUGGCUCGAUCGGUCGGUGACAGUUUGGUUCAAUGACGGGCGCGGCUCGUUCCAGGGCUCCAACGGCGCCGAAGGACGGGUCUCGCAGGCCAUUCACAAGGACAUCACCCUCACCCCCGGCGCAGUGGUUGCGGUCGAUGUCGACGGCGAUGGCCUGUUUGACGCUCUCGCCGGCUACGAGGAUGUCUCGCACCCGGUCACUUGGUGGCGCAACACCGGUGACGGGGUGUUUGAAACAACGCCGCGGACGGUCGGGACGUGCGGGCUUGAGGCGCGCCGGGUCCGCAAGGCAGACUUUAACGGCGACGGACUACCGGACGUGGUGAUGGUGUGCAUGGACCCUGAGGCCGACGUCAAGGCGUUUAUCAACAUCGACGGUGGCGCAAGCUGGACUGAGCUGUUGCUCUACCGUUACACGCCAGCAGUGUGGGACGAAUAUCUGUAUGUCGACGUUGCGGUGGCCGACUUGGACAAUGACAACCGACCGGAUGUGGUGGUUGUCGAGGGCUUUUCCGGCAAGGUGGCGUACAUACGCAACCUGAACGGGACAACCUUUGCUCCCGCCACCAUCAUUGAUAACGCACCCAGCAGCGAUCCGAUCUCUGUCGCGCUCUGCGAUGUCGACGCCAACGGCGGCAUCGACGUGGUGGUAGGCCUCCUGGACCCGGUGCCCAAAGUGGUGCUCUACCAGCAGACGGGGGCGGGUACACUCAGCUUUGCGCCUCCGAUUACGCUCGGCGGAACUUACACUGAGCCGUGGGCUGUGGCGUGCGGCGAUGUAACCGGCGACGGCGCAGUUGACAUUGUUGUUGGCGACUACGCUGAGCCGGGGCCGCUGGUGUGGUACCGCAACGACGGGAGUGGCAGCUUUUCUCCGCAGACCGUCCUUGGCACGUACGACAAUAUCUUUGAGAUUUCCAUCGCCGACGUCAACUCGGAUGGACUCAAUGACGUUCUGGUAGCGGCGUCCGGCGAGAACAUGGUGUUUGCAGUGUAUCAGCAGCGGCUGCUGUCGGCUGCUGUGGAGCGUGCAAAGUUGCCGGAGCUCGCACCCGGACUAUCACCGACGGUUCCGCAGCUGCACUACGAACUCAACACAGCCUCGCGGUGCUCGGCGCAGCGGCUGGAUCUGCCAGCCGGGAUGGUGGCGCGCGGUUGCGCGGCAUCGGGCUAUCUGGUGGUGCCGAGCGGGGUCGACUGGACCAUUGCUGGGCCACCUGGGGUCGAGGCUGGAGCAAAGCUGGUCAUCUCGGACGUGGACCUCGAGGGCGCCACGAUUGCGGCCAGCUUUGAUGCAUCGACCGGCCUGCGGGUCUCGGGAGCGGGCGCAAUUCUGCGGCUGAUCAACGUGACCGUCUCCGGCUUUUCGUCGGUGAGUGCGUCGCCGUUCCAGUACCUCGGCGGGCACGGCGGAGCGGUGGCGGUGACCGAUGGCGGGCGGCUGGAGGUGAUUGGCUCGACCUUUGCCGGUAACUCGGCCAAGACGACUGGCGGCGCGGUGGCGCUGCUUGGCGACGAGCCGACUGCGUCGUUUGUGGCGACAACGUUUGUCAACAACGAGGCGCUUGGCGAUGGCGGUGGCGCGGUGGCAGUCCUCUCGCGCGGCGGUAGUGUGAGCUUCACGGAAGGAAGCAAGGUGGUCGACAACCACGCGCCAAGUGGAUGUGGCGGCGGGAUGCUCAUCGAGUCUGCGGCUGAGGACGUUCGGCUGACGCUGAGCGAUACCUUGGUGUGCUCGAACACGGCCGGAAAGCUCGGCGGCGGCCUGGCCGCCUUUGCCGGCUCGGGCGUCGAGGUGGUGAGCUCCAGUGGCUCGGUGUUUGCCGACAACAGUGCGCGCGCCGGCGGCGGCAUCGCCGCCAUGGCCGCAAGCUACACUGUGCCGGCGUUCAGCACGUUUUCGUCUGCGGCGCUCGCGCGUGCGCCAGCCGGAAGCGGCACCGGCAAUGCUACGAUUGCGUUUGAGGCUGGCGCGGUGCUCGGUCACAACAAGGCGGUGUACGGCGGUGGACUGUUUGGCUGCGGCGCGGUCGUUGAUGCGCGGGCAUUGAGCAUGAGCGGCGUGCCGCAGGCGAGCACUGGUGGCGGGUUUGGCUUCUACUGUCUCCUUAGCGACGGUAGCGCGCCUCAAGGCGAGUCGUGGCUGCUGGCGCCUGUGGUGGGGGGAGUGAGCGGCACGAGCGGCGGGUACGGACAACUGUUUGCUACACCUCCGGUUGCACUCACCUCUAUGCAGAUGCCGAUGGGCGUGUCGUCGGGCGUGGCGCUCGGUGCCGGCUACGCAGUUGCUUAUGACGGAUACGGGCAGCUUGUUGUUGACGACGGCCUCGUGCUCGAUGUGACCGAGUCAAGCGGAGCCGGCAUUGUUGUGACCGGCGCCGAGGUCGGGAUCGGGUUCUCGGGGGUGACCGGGCAGGCGCCGCUGCAGGGCGUGGCGCUUGCUGUGCCUGUGGCGGUUCUCCCGCACACGGGCACGCUUCGGCUGCGGAUCAGGACCGAGGUGGCGAGCGGGGUGGUGGUGAUUGAGAUGAACGUGGGCGUGAACAUUGGACUCUGCUCGCGUGGGCUUGGAGCGGAUAGCUCGAGCGGGCUCGGCGGCGGCGUGCUUGUGUGCUCGGCGUGCGAUGAGGGCUCUUACUCGGACGAAGAGACUGCGGGUGCUUGCCGCGCGAUUCCGCCUUGUCCAGCGCUCUCGCAGCGACCGAGCCAGAACAACGCUACGCAUCUUGUGCCGUGCGAGUGUGAGGCCGGGACGUGGACUCCAGAGGCUGUGCCAGGAUGGAAGCAGAUCGAUGACGUGCCGACGUUUGCGGCGUGUCCGAUCGGCUCUGCCUGCCUCGGCGGGCGUGCGACGAUCGAAUGCGGGCCGGGCUACGAGCCAGACGGGUACCUGUGCCGGCUGUGUGCGCCGAGUGCGUACCGAUUCUCGGACGGGACAUGCAAGCCUUGCCCAACGGGCUCGCUCUCUCGGUUCUGGGCGUUUGUAUUUGGCAUUGCGAUUGUGGCGAUGGCGGCAGUGUGCGUGGUGGUCUUCACCACCCGCGUGGUGGAGCAGGGCGGCGAGGCGCGGCCGGCGCCGCCGCAGUCUGAGCGGACCAAGCUCAUUCCGCAUGCGCUCUCAGUGGCGCUGGUGUACAUCCAGAUCUUGGGUCUCCUUGCUGACGCGCCGUUCAACUGGCCGGAGACGCCUGUGCGCAAGGCGCUGCGCGCGGCCAACGUGGCCAACGUGGACCUCGCGAUUUUCUCGACCGAUUGUACCAUCAAGGACUUUGCGACGCGGUAUUUGGUGUCUGUGGCGGUCCCGCUGGUGUUUGCUGGGUGGAUGGUUGCCAUUGUGGCCGGAGUCAAGGCGCUCGGACGAUGCAUGGCGUGUGCGGCGCGGACGCGGAUGGCGACGAUUUCGGGGUGGACGCUGGCCGGACGGGUGCUGUUCUCGUUUGGCCCGCUCCUCUACAUCCCGGUCUGCAAGUCUGCGCUUGUGUUUUUCGACUGCACGCGGCUGCCUGACGGCAACUAUUACCUCGAUGCCAACCUUGACGAGCAGUGCUUUGUGGGGACGUGGAUGCGACUGUUCCCGAUUGCGCUCGUGGCGCUUGUGCUGUAUGUGGCAGCGCUGCCGCUGUUCUUUGCUACGGUGCUGUGGCGAAACCGAGGCCGGCUCGGCGAGCCGCAGGUCCAGCUCCGGUACGGGCCGAUCUACCUGCAGUAUCGCAGUGCGUACUUUUGGUUCGAAGUUGCGCAGCUGGUCAAGCGGCUGAUGAUUGUGUGCGUGGCGCUGUUUUUCUCGCGGAUCGAGGUGUGGCUCUUUGGCGGUCUGUUUGUCAUCUUCCUCUCGUACCGCACGUUCCAGCUCAAGCACGCGCCGUUCUUUUUCCCAGUCCACAACACGCUCGAGGCGCGACUGAGCGCGGCGAUUGUGGUCUUACUCACCUGCGGCGUCCUGUUCUGGGCCAACAAGUUCCCGAACCAGACGACGUACGUGGUGGUCGCGGUUGUGGCGAUGGCAGCAAUCUCGAUUUCGAUCCUAGUCCUCCUCGCAGCAGCGGCCGAGGAGAUCGGGACGACGGUGAAGCACAAGCGGGAGCAGCGGCGGGUUGGCAGCGGGCGAAGUAGCGGCGGCAGCUCGCUCACUCUCCGCGAUACGGAGUUUCUUACCCUCCUCUCGCGGCAUGUCCCGGAUCUGGAGCACCCGGAGCUUGCGGUGCCGAUGUACCACGUUCACUCGAGGUUCCGCGAUGAUGCCGGUGGCGACGAAGGGAGCAUGACCAACAGCGAGACGAGCGACGGCAUGGAUGCCGGGUUUCCAUCGAACAAGGAGGUCAUGCCGCGGUGGGCGACCGUAAGCGGCGGCUCGGGCUUGGGACGCGAGCGCAGCCAGAUCGAUUCGCCCAGCGGCAUCGGCCGCUCAUCUAGGCGCAUCUCAUCGUCAGUCGACUUGUUUGUCGAAUCGGACGAGGACGUCCCGCUCGAUGUAAUGAGCACGCCAGCGUUGGACAGUAGUCAGGGCCGCGGAUGA